AUGAAUAAACUAAGUAAAUCACGUGAAAUUUUAAAAUUACUUUCAACAACAACAUUAGAAACAUUAAUAAUCAAAGGUAACAAUGAAAAUUAUUUUAAAUUAGUUACAACUAGUGUGGAAACAUUAUUUACAACAUGUGAUGAAAAUGAUUAUGAUGUACGAUUCACUGUCGAAGAAAAUCUUAAUCAACUUGUUAAAGGAUUAUAA